ACCUAACGCUUCCAGACACCUCGCGCGAGAUUUCCCGGAAGCCAUUGCCCUAGCAAGAGCGUUGGGUCGCCUGGCAACCGCACCAAGGCUGCAGAGGAACCAGGCACUGAGGAAAUUUACAAACCUGACUUCCAGACUCAGUUCCUCCCGCAAGGGGAGAGGUGCCUUCAGGGAAGAAGUCUGGGGGCUGAAGAAACCAUAAAGCCACGUUUCUCAAACUUGUCUGCCAGAAGUUGAGCAUAGUUAAACCUGCUUCCUGACAUGGUAUCAGAACAGAGCUACUGCUGAGAGUUUGACUUAUAGAGAAAUCAUGGUUCGACUAACCUUGGAUCUAAUUGCCAAAAGUAACAAUCUUAAACCCCGAAAAGAAGAAACCACUUCACGAUACCUGAAGAAAAUAACUCAUCUAAAUUUUUCAGACAAAAAUAUAGAUACAAUUGGAGACCUCUCUCCUUGCAAAAGUCUUAGUGUUUUAUACUUGUAUGAUAACCGUAUUAGUGAAAUCACUAACUUGAAUUAUGCUACAAAUCUGACCCACCUGUACCUACAAAACAAUUGUAUUUCAUGUAUAGAGAACCUCAGGUCAUUAAAGAAACUGGAAAAACUGUAUCUGGGAAGCAAUUAUAUUGCUGUCAUAGAAGGUUUAGAAGGAUUAGAAGGACUAAGAGAGCUUCAUGUUGAGAAUCAGAGGCUUCCCCUUGGAGAAAAGCUUCUGUUUGAUCCAAGAACUCUUCAUUCUCUGGGAAAAUCCCUCUCUAUAUUGAAUAUCAGCAAUAAUAAUAUUGAUGACAUAAGAGACUUAGAAAUACUGGAGAAUCUUAAUCAGCUCAUAGCAGCUGACAACCAACUUCUGCAUGUGAAGGUAGUGUAA